CCUAAGUACGUCAUUAAUGAAAAUGUGUACAGUUGGUAAGGUCGUUGCUAUCGCGCUGUUCAAGUUACAGGAAACGUAAAAAUGGACACAGCAAGUAAUGUUGCUGUUAAUUGUUGGUUAUCUGCCUAUGACUUUUGGCUCUAGAUCAUUUUUUGCAUCGAAAUAUCACCACAAUAGUUGCAGGUUCCAGACUGGGCCUAGGCCUACCCCAAUGAAGAAAACCAAAACAAAACUUCUUUAAAAAGAGCCGGUGGUUCGUGAAAAUGGAAUAACAACUCGGAGAAACGUUGUCAUCGAGCGGUCAUAUUUUUUUUCUUGAAGAACAUUUUCUUGUGGAAACGUUUCUGAUGUGUGGACUUGAGCUUAAAGAUAAUCUGUGUGAUGAUGUAGGCAUGUGUUAUUACACAGAAUGCCGCCCGGUAGACCAAACUUCGCAGUAUGUUAUAUUUGCGGACGGGAUUACGGCACCCGAUCCAUCGAAAUCCACGAGCGCGAGUGUAUUAAGAGGUGGCAGCUAGAAAACGACAGGCUUCCGCCCAACAUGCGACGCGCCGCACCGCAGAAGCUAAAGGUCCUACCGGGAAUCACGAGCGGAGCUGACAGGGGCUCCGAUAUGAACCGGCAGAACGUGGCGGCUUACAAAAGCUCUCAGGCACAGCUGCUACCGUGCUCCAAAUGCGGCAGGACUUUCCUCCCGGAAAGGGUAAAGAUCCACGAGAAGACCUGUCCCGCUGGAAGGGCCCCAGACACUCAAAGGGGUCAGCUAGGUGUGAGAUCACGAUCGAGAACAGAGCCGAGAGAGGCCGCGGAGGACAGGGAAGGUUUGUCCAAGUCAUGGGGCGGGUCAAUUACCCAGAGUGAUGACAGCCAACCUCCUCGUCCAACUACAGCAACCUUAAUUCGACCGAGUACGGUGACACUGAAACAUCGUGACCUAGUAACUAUCGACGAUCAAGAGUAUCAGAUAACUGAUGACAGUUUUUACCACCCUCAUGAUGAAUCUUCCAUCACCCCACUGCAGGACAGAAGCCAGACGCAGAGAGUGUCGAAACCCCGACCUAAAAGUGCAAAGAGAGGUCGUCAGUCAAACACGGGACCGGUAUCUUCUCAACCGGGGACUCCGUCGUCGCAGUUCCGUGGUACCUCUUCCUCGCGGACCGCUGGUUCUCCUCUGCACCCGAGACCCCCUUCUAAUCCUCGGCCAACGCCAUCACCGGCCAGUACCUCGAAAUUAGCUCCUAUUAGAGGCAGACCUGCCACCGUCGUUUGUUACAUCUGCGGACGAGAAUUCGGCACGAAGUCGAUCUCGAUUCACGAGCCCCAGUGCCUUGAAAAAUGGAAGGUUGAAAAUAAUCAGCUGCCGAAGCAUCAACGGCGUCCCGUACCGAGGAAACCCCAGCCUCUUGGCACGCGCAACUCGAAUGCUGCCAGUGCCGAUCCUGAUGGGUACAAUCAGGCAGCAUACCAAUCAGCUAACUCGCAGUUGCUUCCUUGUGGAAAUUGCGGUCGCACUUUCGCACCCGAUCGUUUACCGAUUCACGAGCGCUCGUGCGGCCGCCCCAAGACAACUACUCUCAGAUCUAGCAAUGGUCUGCAAGCAUCUUCCAAUUUUGGCAGUUCCAAUGGACGUCAAAAUAUGAAUAAUACUGGGAAACCACGUACGCUGGUUUGCUACAUCUGUGGUCGAGAGUUUGGUACUAAAUCGCUUCCUAUUCAUGAACCACAGUGCCUCCAGAAGUGGCAAGUUCAAAACCAACAGUUGCCGAGAGAGCUCAGACGACCGCUUCCAAGGAAACCUGAGGUCAUCGGAAUGCAGGGUGGUCGAUCCACCGGAGAGAUGAUAAAUGAGGCUGCCUGGCAGGCGCACAAGGCAAACCUUGUCCCGUGUGAUAGCUGCGGACGGACAUUCGCAGCAGACAGAAUUGCGAAGCAUGCGGCAUCUUGUCAGGCCAGGACUCAAGGACAGGAAAGAGGGAAUAAUUCAUCUCAGAGGCCGAAAUCAGGCGGUACAAGAAAGAUACAGAUGUCAAAGACAGCCACAGCAGUCAGGCGCCCUCAGACGGUCAUAUGUUACAUCUGUGGCAGGGAGUUCGGGACAAAGUCCGUCUCAAUUCACGAACCUCAAUGCCUGAAGAAGUGGGCCAUGGAAAACGAGCGUCUCCCAAAAGAGCUGAGAAGACCGCCACCAAUCAAGCCACAGGAGAGGAUGAUCAAAGGAGGGUCCGGCCAGUACAACGUGGAUCAGAUGAACGAAGCGGCAUGGCAGGCAUCCCAAGCGAACCUCGUACCGUGUGAUACGUGUGGACGGACCUUCCUACCGGACCGCCUAAUGGUUCAUAGGAGAUCAUGCAAGCCAAAGGACUGAAAGCAAAAUGUUAGCAAAUUCAAAAGUCGAUGACCUCUACAUCUUCGACUUGUGGACUACUAUGGCAGAAACCCCAAGGGCUUACCUAUAUCUUGUAAAGCCAUUUCAUUGUAGAGGUCUCAGUCAGAAGCCCAAACCAGUCGUUACAAAGUGAGAAUGGCGUCAGAGAGUGAUGGUACAGAACAAAUAAUCUCAAGCAAAAAUCGCUGUAAAUUCACAGUGGCCCCCAGUAAUGGCCGAUGAAUUGUGCCAACUAACGUGCAGAGUAGUAGUGGAGCGUGGUUGUUUGGUACAAAAGCUGACACUAAAGGCUUCUGCCUUAUACUUUGGGUUACCGUUUACUAUUUGUGGUAUUCGCUGUGUGGCCAGUGCCGUUCUAUAUACCUGGAAUAAAUUAUGUACAUGUACUAUGUACAUCUGUUAACACUAUAGACGAAUCCAGGCACUGCAGGCAUCCUUUAAUGGAGAAACCAUUGUGCACGCUGUUGUACAAAGCAACUGCCCCGUGACGGAUUAUCUGAACGACAACUAACACAAUGCUUUCGCCAUUGAAGGGGGCCUUCGUGAUAGAAUUGAUAGCGUGCCUGGAUUGGUCUAUAGGAUAUUGUGAGACACAUUCUACCUGUUGAAAUCGUCUUCUUGUGUUUUUAGGCCAACUGAAAUGUGUGUAUAUAUAAGCUUAAGCCAGGUGACGGGUAUUUGUACUUAUAUUAGUAGUUAAUGCAUCGGUGUCAAGCCGCUGUCUGAGAUGUUAUUUUGCACUUUAGGCUGUACAUUAAAGAGAUAAAAAGGUUCAAAUUGAAACCGUU